ACGCACGAUUACGUCACUACCAGAAGGUCAUAUACUCUGAGGUCAUCACGAUGCGACACUUAUUUUUCAACUUUUCAUGCGUGGGGGUAUUUCUCACAUACUGAAGGAUUCAGUGCUUUUUAAAGUUGAAUAAUAAUCAAACCAUGUGGUGUUUAAUGAACCGCUCGAUCACUGCGCAUAUAUGACACGUAUACACAUAAUUUCUAAGAUGAUGCGAAAUGUAUUACUGUUAGCAAAACGCUAGCUAAUUUGUAAUCACCUCAGGUCGUGUUGCUAAAGGAGUCUUAGCUACAGGUUUUAAUAUUUCUAGAGGGGACUGCUGUUGUUAGACUGGGCCUGGAGCAGUAAUCUCUUUAUUUAUUACUUAAGCAGGGCAUCAUGACAGUAUGCACAUGUGAAUAGUUUCCGAGAUAUUGUGUCGUGGGAAAAGUAAACUGAAUGUGCAAAAAGUUGCCAUCGGGAAAGCCUUCUUAAACGGGGAUGUCUGGGGCAGCAUUCCACCUCCCGCAAGAAGUAUGGUUUCAGGUAUGUCUGUUCCUCUCUGACGAGGAGAAAGGGAACGUUCGUUCGAGCUGCAAGUACUUCAAGAGGUUGAUAGACCACCCAUCCAUGUGGAGGAACAGCUCUGUGGUGCUGAAGAAGAUUCGCUCCUAUAACAGCGCGUAUUGGGCCACAUUGCGGCGGAGGAAGAUAAGCAAGGUUGUGGUACACAAAGCGGGGACAAGGGAAUGGGAGCUCAUUGCUACUUCGCUCCCAUGGCUUCGGGCAAUAACUAUAGAUAAAUUCAUGGACGUGAAAGCGCUUGGAACCCUACAGCGUUUUAAAAACCUAAACAGACUGGUCAUUCGGAGCUUUCAGUGUCCCUCUGGCCUCGCCACUGUAUUGGCGCCGCUUCGCCAACUCACCCACAUUUGCUUGUGCGACCUCCAUCGCGCACCUAGGGCAGAACUAAUCAGUGCCCUGUCCCAGCUCAUCGGCCUGACCUCGCUCUUCUAUCACGAAGGCGACAAACCCAUCUCCAGUCGGACAUUACAGAGCAUGCUAGUCUGCUUGCCUAACCUAACGGAACUGUCUCUAAAAAUGGGGGCAGUUUAUGGCACCCUUCCUGAUGACUAUUUUCAUCUGCCCAAAACACAUGGUGAUCCAACCAGUGAGGUAGCAGCAUUGGAUACAGUUCCAAAUAAAUCAAUAUCAGGAAGAGAAGAUCCAGGUCAAAGUGAUCGUGGCUUGACCAGGCUGGAGCUCCUGAACUACAUGGAUCCAAUUCUGUCCCCUGUGGCCUUGGAGCCGCUGUGCCGUCUUCAGAGUCUGACCGUGUGCUACAGAGACCGUGCUGUGGAGCCCAGCAGGUGCAACCUGAGUGUGUGGCUUAGAAAACUCCCCUGUCUGACCGAACUCACAGUGGCACGCGGGUAUCCCCUCGGCGUCUAUGUGCGUUCCCUGCCGGCGACCCUCCGGAGCCUCUCCCUGCUCCAGGUGAUCAUUGGCCCGGGGGACCUGAGCGCCCUAGGAAAGCGGACGCCGGACCUCCAGCGCCUCCACCUGGACCUGUGCAGCUACGGCCGACAGAGCGGCCUGCACGAGCUGCCCGUGCUCUUCCCCAAGCUGAAGACCCUCAAACUGCGACACUGGAACAUGACGGAGGCGGAGUUUGUGGGCCUGGCGCAGCUGCGGCACCUUCAGCAGCUGGUGGUUCUGGAUGCGCAGCCCGGUCCCAGUCCUGCCCUCUCGAGCCUCAUCCAGAAGCUGCAGAUCGAGACGGACUACAGGGUACAGGUGAUCCAUUCCCUGAUACCAAGGGAUCCGACAGCCUGCUUCUGCAGCCAAUACUAAGCCCUCACUGCACUGCGGGAAGCCAUGUGAAAAGUUUAUUCUUUUACCAGUCUUAUUCUGAUUAUUUUGUCAUUUUUGGUCUAAAAUCCUUGCGUGUGCCUUUGUCUUCUUUUUCAAUAAAAGUCAUCGCUGGUCUUGUUA